GCGGACCUGGAGGAGGCGCCCCGGACGGCGACGCCUCUCGCCUCUCGCCUCUCGCUCUCGGAGGAAGUUUGCACUUUAAUUACAGAGCCGGUUCGCCGUCGCAUCAACUCCCGGAGCGAGCAGCGGGCGCCGGGCGGGCGGCGCGGCCAUGGGCGGCUCGGCCUCCAGCCAGCUGGACGAGGGCAAGUGCGCCUACAUCCGAGGGAAAACCGAGGCUGCUAUCAAAAACUUCAGCCCCUACUACAGUCGUCAGUACUCCGUGGCUUUCUGCAAUCAUGUGCGCAGUGAAGUAGAACAGCAAAGAGAUUUGACCUCACAGUUUUUGAAGACCAAGCCACCCUUGGAGCCUGGAACUGUUUUGUAUGAAGCAGAGCUGUCACAGUUUGCUGAAGACAUAAAAAAGUGGAAGGACCGAUACGUUGUGGUCAAAAAUGAUUUUGUUGUGGAGAGCUAUGAGAACAAAGAGGCCUAUCAGAGAGGAGCUGCUCCUAAAAGCCGAAUUCUUCCUGCGAGUGGAAAGGUACUGACCUCAGAAGAAGAAUAUAAUCUGUUAUCUGACAAGCAUUUCCCAGACCCCCUGGGUUGUGUGGUGAAUUCCUCCCUGCAGAGAGCGAGCCACACAGCUCCCCGCAAUGUCACCAAGAGGCACAUGACCCAGUUUCUGCGGCUCCAGACAGGUAUGCGUGGUGCCUUUGGAAAGCCCCAGGGCACUGUGGCCAGGGUUCACGUUGGCCAAGUCAUCAUGCCCAUCUGCACCAAACUACAGAACAAGGAGCAUGUGAUUGAGGCCUUUCGCAGGGCCAAGUUCAAGUUUCCUGGCCGUCGGAAGAUUCACAUCUCCAAGAAAUGGGGUUGUACCAAGUUUAACUCAGAUGAAUUUGAAGACAUGGUGGCUGAGAAGCAGCUCAUCCCAGAUGGUUGUGGGGUCAAAUACAUCCCCAAUCGUGGCCCCCUGGACAAGUGGCGGGCCCUGCACUCAAACGGAAUGUUUUACUUUGCUAAAUGCCCCUUCCUUUUGCCUUUAGAUUACAAGAAGCAGACGACAUUUGAAGCCCAAGCCUUUCUGGAAGCUGUGCAGUUCUUCCGACAGGAGAAGGGUCACUAUGGCUCCUGGGACAUGCUCACUGGGGGUGAAAUCCAGGUGUUGAGCAACCUGGUGAUGGAGGAACUCCUGCCAACCCUUCAGACAGACCUGCUGCCGAAAAUGAAGGGAAAGAAGAACGACAGAAAGAGGGCCUGGCUCAGUCUCCUCGAGGAGGCUUACAACCUUGUUCAGCAUCAAGUUUCGGAAGGAUUAAGUGCCUUGAAGGAGGAAUGCAGAACUCUGACCAAGGGCCUGGAAGGAACGAUCCGUUCAGACAUGGAUCAGAUUGUGAACUCCAAGAACUUUUUAAUUGGAAAGAUCAAAGCGGUGGUGGCCCAGCCAGCAGAGAAAAGCUGUAUGGAGAGCGUGCAACCGUUUUUGGCGUCCAUUCUGGAGGAGCUCAUGGGACCCGUAAGCUCUGGAUUCAGUGAAGUACGUGCACUCUUUGAAAAAGAAGUGGAUGAACUCAGCCAGAGCUUCCAGACCAGCAAAGACAGUGCCCAGCUAAAGGAGCAUCUAGACCGACUUAUGAACCUUCCACUGGAUUCUGUGAAGAUGGAAGCUUGUUAUAGUAAAGUGGACCUGCUUGAAGAGCGCCUGCAGGAUCUCAAGAGCCGCUUCAGAUUCCCCCACGUUGAUCUGGUGGUCCAGAGGACGCAGAACUACAUGCAGGAGCUGAUGGAGAAUGCAGCAUUCACUUUUGAGCAGUUGCUUUCCCCACAUCUCCAAGGAGAGGCUUCCAAAACUGCAGUGGCUAUUGAGAAGGUUAAGCUUCGAGUCUUAAAGCAAUAUGAUUAUGACAGCAGCACCAUCCGGAAGAAGAUAUUUCAAGAGGCACUGGUUGAAAUUACACUUCCCACCUUGCAGAAGGCACUGGCAUCCACGUGCAAACCAGAGCUUCAGAAAUACGAGCAGUUCAUCUUUGCAGACCAUACCAACAUGAUCCACGUUGAAAAUGUCUAUGAGGAGAUUUUACAUCAGAUCCUCCUUGGUGAAACCCUGAAAGUGAUAAAGGAAGCUGCUAGCCUGAAGAAACACAACUUAUUUGAAGACAACAUGGCCUUGCCCAGUGAAAGUGUGUCCAGCUUAACAGAUCUAAAAAUUCCCACAGGGUCCAACCAGGCCAGCCCUGCCAAGAGAGCCUCUGGCCUUCUGCCAGGAGUCCUGGGUAGUGAGACUCUGAAUAAUGAAGUGUUCCAGGAGUCAGAGGAAAAGCAGCAGCCUGUGGUCCCUAGUCCACUGGCCAGACGAGAAAGCCUUUCUCUGCCUGAUCCCAGCCCUCCCCCCGGUGGAGAUGAGCAGGUGAUCAUUUCAAGAAUGGAGGACCCCACUGUAAGUCCUGUGGCUGCAGAGGACACGGCAGGACUCAUGGGUACACCUGCGGCAGAGCUGGAGUUUGGAGGGACCCCCAGGGAUGAAGACCCCACCCAUGAAGAGCCAAAAUCUGUCUCUGCCUCAGGCUCCUUGGAUGAGCUAAGAAAGUUGUUGACAGAGACCGUUGAGGUCCCUGUCGAAUCUGCUCUAGCAACUGAAAAAGAUACAAAGGAAGGGACCCUUUCUCCUCAAGAAAAUGAAAAAGAAGAAGAAAAAGCACACAUCUGCACAGAGGCCCAGCAGGCAGCUGCCUCCCCUCUGGACAACUGUGAAGAAAGUGAAGCCAGUGAGGGGAAGGCCCAUCCUCCUCCUCUGGAGGCUGAGGCAGGGGGUGAGGAGGUGGGGGAAUUACCAGAGGUGAGUGGCCCUGCCUCUGAGCCAUCCUAUGGAGGGCUCCCCAAGGCUCACUGCCCAGGCCCUACAGAGCAGCCAGAGGAGCCCGGGGAGCCAGUGGAGGCCAGGGAGCCAGUGGAGGCUUCCACACUGGUCACCCAGGAGGGAAGAGAGGCCGAGUGCACAGUGCAGGGUGAGUUGAUGCUGCAAGAAGAUUGCAUUGUAGGUUCUGACCCCGCCUGCCCCAGUGAGAGCCGAGUUUCUGAGGAACAAGAACCGGUGGGAGAGAAGAACAGCCCAGGCAAGGUCGGGGCCAGCACGAAUAAACAGGAGAUGAAGGCUGCCCGUGUUCAUGAGUGCCAGUGGGUGGUGGAGAACGUUCCCAACACUGAGGUCCUAGCUUCCCAUACAGAUGAUGUAAAGAAGAGAGAAUCUUGUCAGGACAGUUCCCCAGAUCAGCCCUUGGAAGAGUGAAAGGGACACUUUGGCAAAAGUCUUUGACAAAGUUAAUCAAAGGGUUAUAGUUAUGGGUACACUUAGGGGCUGCACGGGAGAUGUUACAAAAAAAAAAAAAGAUUUGUUAAUUAUUUUCAUAAUUUGAAUACUAAAACCAGAGGAAAUGAAUGCAGGCAGGCCCCUUUGUGGUUCUGAGCUGUUCUACCACCAGUGAUUGCUUUAGUGUUUUAAUAGGCAUUACAAAGGCAAUGAGGAGCUUGGGCGGGGAGCUGAGUGUGCUGAGGGAGGGAGUGAAGGUGCAGGGAAGGCCUGGGGACACAGAGCACAGUUCUCAGUAUGCUCUGCACAUUCGGAUGGUGUAACACACACUUUAAGGCUUUUUAAUUUCGUAUAUGAAUCUAAUGUAUACUGUAACUCUAGCUUCAUCAUCUACAAUACCAAAGCCACCAUCUCUUAGGGACUCAGCAUCUGUCCACAGUCUGGCUGCAAGAAAAGAGCAGUUCAUGGGCAGUCGCCCCUACUGUGUGCCACCCCGCCACCUGUCACACCCAAACCACAGGAGAAGCCUGACAGAAGUGAACUGAGUGAGGAAGGUGUGGCCUGCAGGCGUGUCUGGCUUGUUACUAAUUCUGUCACUUUCUUUUUAAUUAAUCCUGUUGAUUCUUAUUCAUUAAUAUCCUUUUAAAGAAAUUCAGAUGAGGCAGGAAAAUUUGAUUGGCCUUUAAUUGUGCAGAGGGCUUAGCUGUAAGUUAUCAAGCGUAAAGCCUACCAAAUUAAACAAACAUUAUUUGAACAGCAACUGCUUGCCAGGUACUGUAUUUGGGGUAGUUAAAAAAAAAAAAAAACAGGUGCUGAUUCUAGCGAUUCUAGUAUGUAUUAAAAGGUCCCAGGGAAUUUGAUCUAGAAGAGAAAACAAGCUAAUUUUCAAACUAUGAUGGUGUUUUUCUCUUUCCGUUCAAAUAGUCCUGGUUCAUUCCUAGAAGGCAACAAAAUGAAUCAACGAAUACAUAAAUAAAUAGGUGGAGACAAAAACUAAGGUAUAUACCAUCAAGUUUCAAAGAUGUUACCCAAAAUAGAAAUCAUUCUUUGGUCUCUCAAGUUACCUGAGUCCCUGUUCCAAGCUCUGGGGAUACCAUGGUUACCAUGGUGAAGAAGAUGCUGUUUCUUCCUCCUGGAACUUCCAUGUUCAUGGAAGUAGACACAAAUACAUGUUCGAAAUUGAUCAUGACCUUUAACUAUUAAUGAUAAAGAUGAAAUGGACUUACUUGCAAAAGAUUAAAAAAGAUUUAAGAAAGUUGUUCUAUUUAUUGUCCAUCAGAAAAAUACCAGACUGUGUCCCAAAAGCUUCCGUCCCAGGUACUACAUCUUAAAGUUUCUUCCCACAAAUUUUCAUAUUCCAUCCCAACAUAUUUGUCCUGAGAGUUUGUUUGAUCAUCAGAGUCAAAUAAGUUUAUGUCUUUUUAAAUUUUUUGGAGAAUUUGGCCCACAGUUCAACCAUUUAACCAGGAAUUAAAAUAUUGUCCUCCCCACCCCUCCCAUGAAGAAUUUCUUGGAUUUCUAGGUGAUAAGUAAUGAAUUAUAAUCACAGUGUCUUUAUGCUCUCAUAUCACAUGGUGGCCUCUUUUUUGGGAGGGUUUAGAUCAUAGAGAGGGAUCCCGUCCUAGGUGAAGAAGGCCCCUGCUUCCCUCAGUGUUCACUCAGAUCCUGGCAUGCAGCCCAGUACAUUGAAAUUAUAUUUACUUCCUGUCUCUCCCAGAGCUCCUCUCUUCAAGGACAGAAACUAGGGUUUAGUCAUCAUAUGUGCUUCCUGCUAGAAACCCACAGCUUUGAAUAAGGCUUCCUACCUCCUCAGUUGCUUUACUAUCCCUGGUGUCUAGCACAGGGCCUGGCAUGUUUCGGGCUGCUCAGGAAGCAUGGAAACUUGACACCUAGCGCACUGCUGUGCAGGGACUACUGGGGACUUGCUGUCAGGCAGAGAGAUGUUUUGAAUCCAACUUUCUGCUCUUGUCGAGUCUUAAGUCCAAAGGGCAGAUGGCCAGAUGCGCUGCCCAGGAAGGCAGGGAGCCAAAGGAGCAGGGCUUGUCCCCAUAGAGACUGUCCUUCUUUCUGGGAGAUUCGUGGCUAGGGUGGGUAUGCCAGCCCAGGCUGAGCGAAGGCUGGAGUUUCCUCCCUGUGCUCACCUUAGGGGUUCUUGCGCUUCCUGAAAAGCUAAGAGAUUUUUUCAACCCUAAAAGAAAAUACAUUUCACUGCAUUGGAUUGGAUGAACAUCAGGGCCCUUCCUUUAUCCAUCCUGAAGGCCAGAGAGUACGGGGUACUAAGUGGCAGGACACAGUCGACAGCACAGUCAAAGAGUUUUUCUGGACAUAUUUCACAAAAGUUCUCUAGCAUAAGCAAGACGAUUGUUUCAUUUGAAGAUGGAACAGGAAACUGAAGUGCAUUUAAACUAGUCCAUUUCAUUUUAACAUGUUCAGUGGAAUAACAUCUUAUUCCGAGGUUUUAUCUUGCUUUUUGUAGGGACUUGUCUGUGUCGUUUCCAGAUGGAGCAAGAUUAUCCUGAUGUAAAUGAGCAACGUGAAAAGCCUCUGUGUGCUCCCCUGGGGCUCUCCUCUGGGCAGAGACGUUAGAAAUGCAUAAAAUCUUAAGAGAGGGUUUUUGGCAAAAGAAAAAAAAAUGAGCUCAUUUUUCUUUUGUAGCUUGUAACAGAGACUAUAGUACCCAGCAUUAUACAGAGUAAAUUUUUCUUUUUUUUUUGCAGUUUUUGGCCAGGCUGGGUUUUGAACCCGCCACCUCUGGCAUAUGGGACCAGUGCCCUAUUCCUUUGAGCCACAGG